AUGGCGAAUCGGAAGUUAGAGAAGAUGGCAUCAAUAGAUGUUCAUCUUCGUCAAUUAGUUCCUGGUAAAGUUAGUGAAGACGAUAAACUUGUUGAGUAUGAUGCUCUGCUUCUAGAUCGAUUCCUCGAUAUUCUUCAAGACUUACACGGCGAAGAUCUCCGUGAAACUGUUCAAGAGCUAUAUGAGCAUUCAGCAGAGUACGAAGGGAAGCAUGAACCAAAGAAGUUAGAGGAGUUGGGGAGUGUACUAACGAGUUUAGAUCCAGGAGAUUCCAUUGUUAUAGCUAAAGCUUUCUCACAUAUGCUUAACUUGGCUAAUUUAGCUGAGGAAGUUCAGAUCGCGUAUCGACGUAGGAUCAAGAAGUUGAAGAAAGGUGAUUUUGUUGAUGAGAGUUCUGCUACUACUGAAUCUGAUCUUGAAGAGACUUUUAAGAAACUUGUUGGUGAUUUGAAUAAGUCGCCUGAAGAGAUCUUUGAUGCUCUCAAGAAUCAGACUGUUGAUUUGGUUUUAACUGCUCAUCCUACUCAAUCUGUGAGAAGAUCAUUGCUUCAGAAACAUGGGAGGAUAAGAGACUGUUUGGCUCAGCUCUAUGCUAAGGAUAUUACUCCUGACGACAAGCAAGAGCUCGACGAGGCUUUACAGAGAGAGAUUCAAGCGGCAUUUCGAACAGAUGAGAUCAAAAGAACACCACCGACGCCUCAAGAUGAGAUGAGAGCAGGGAUGAGUUAUUUCCAUGAAACUAUCUGGAAAGGUGUUCCUAAGUUUCUUCGCCGUGUAGACACAGCUCUGAAAAAUAUUGGGAUCGAAGAACGUGUUCCGUAUAAUGCUCCAUUGAUUCAAUUCUCUUCUUGGAUGGGUGGUGACCGUGACGGUAAUCCAAGGGUUACACCUGAAGUCACUAGAGAUAUGUCUAUGUGGCGUUGCACUGACGAACUGCGUCUGCGAGCUGAUGAACUUCACGCGAAUGCGAGGAAAGAUGCUGCUAAACAUUACAUAGAGUUCUGGAAGACGAUUCCUCCAACUGAGCCAUACCGUGUGAUUCUCGGUCAUGUAAGGGACAAGCUUUAUCACACACGUGAACGUGCUCGUCAAUUGCUCAGUAAUGGAAUCUCUGAUGUCCCUGAAGAAGCUACUUUCACCAACUUGGAAGAGUUCUUGGAACCACUUGAGCUUUGUUACCGAUCGCUAUGUUCAUGUGGUGACCGUCCAAUUGCUGAUGGAAGCCUUCUUGAUUUCUUGAGGCAAGUCUCAACCUUUGGGCUCUCUCUUGUGAGGCUUGACAUAAGGCAAGAAUCUGACCGCCACACCGAUGUAUUGGAUGCUAUCACCAAGCAUUUAGAUAUCGGAUCCUACAGAGACUGGUCUGAAGAACGCCGCCAGGAAUGGCUAUUAUCUGAGCUAAGUGGCAAACGUCCGCUUUUCGGUUCUGAUCUUCCUAAAACCGAAGAAAUCGCUGAUGUUCUCGACACAUUUCAUGUCAUCGCCGAGCUACCAUCAGACAGUUUUGGUGCUUACAUUAUCUCAAUGGCAACCGCGCCUUCUGAUGUAUUAGCGGUUGAGCUUUUACAGCGCGAAUGCCAUGUGAAACGCCCUUUGAGGGUUGUUCCACUCUUCGAGAAGCUAGCGGAUCUAGAAGCAGCUCCUGCAGCGGUUGCUAGGCUCUUUUCCGUUGACUGGUACAAGAACCGGAUUAACGGUAAGCAAGAGGUUAUGAUCGGUUACUCAGAUUCAGGAAAAGACGCUGGACGUUUAUCCGCUGCUUGGCAGUUAUACAAAGCUCAAGAAGAGCUCGUGAAGGUUGCUAAAGAGUACGGUGUGAAGCUAACGAUGUUUCACGGUCGUGGUGGUACGGUCGGAAGAGGAGGCGGACCGACCCAUCUUGCUAUAUUGUCUCAGCCACCAGAUACUAUUAACGGUUCUCUCCGUGUCACGGUCCAAGGUGAAGUCAUUGAGCAAUCGUUUGGUGAAGAGCAUUUAUGCUUUAGAACGCUUCAGCGUUUCACUGCUGCUACACUAGAGCACGGUAUGCAUCCUCCGGUUUCUCCUAAACCAGAAUGGCGCACUUUGCUCGAUGAAAUGGCUGUUGUUGCAACCGAGGAGUAUCGGUCUGUUGUGUUCCAAGAACCUCGGUUUGUCGAGUACUUCCGCCUUGCUACACCAGAACUAGAGUAUGGGCGUAUGAACAUCGGAAGCAGACCUUCAAAGCGGAAACCAAGCGGUGGCAUCGAAUCUCUCCGUGCAAUUCCGUGGAUCUUUGCUUGGACUCAAACAAGAUUCCAUCUUCCUGUCUGGCUGGGAUUCGGAGCAGCAAUUAGGCACGUGAUCGAAAAAGACGUCAAGAACCUCCAUAUGCUUCAGGACAUGUACAAACACUGGCCUUUCUUUAGAGUCACCAUUGAUCUAAUAGAAAUGGUGUUCGCUAAAGGAGAUCCCGGUAUCGCUGCUUUGUACGAUAAGCUUCUUGUUUCAGAAGAACUAUGGCCUUUUGGUGACAAACUCAGAGCCAAUUUCGAAGAAACCAAGAAACUCAUCCUCCAGACUGCUGGACACAAGGAUCUUCUUGAAGGAGAUCCUUACUUGAAACAGAGAUUGAGACUUCGUGAUUCGUACAUUACGACUCUCAAUGUCUGUCAAGCUUACACAUUGAAGAGAAUCCGUGAUCCGAGUUACAAUGUGACUUUACGACCUCACAUCUCCAAGGAGAUUGCGGAAUCGAGCAAAUCAGCGCAAGAACUCAUCGAGCUGAACCCUACGAGUGAAUACGCUCCUGGACUCGAAGAUACACUCAUCUUAACCAUGAAAGGUAUUGCUGCUGGUCUACAAAACACUGGUUGA